AUCCAAACAAGGUGAUAGUCAUUUUUUAAAAGCCAACUGUAGCGGAACUUACACCGAAAAAAUCAUUGAACUAACUUAAUUUAGCGGUAUACUAGAUUAUUUUAUAUAAAAUGGAUAUCUUUCUUGUUCUCUGCUCCACACUUGUCGUGCUACUAAUCAGCUAUCUACACUACAAGUAUCAAUAUUGGCAGCAGCUUGGAGUGCCACAACUGAAAAUGAAUUAUCUUUUUGGUAAUUUGUUCCGCAUAAAGAGUAUACAUAAGGCGGAACUCUUUCACGAAGUAUAUCAAGAGUUCCAUGGUGAAGCAAAUUUAGUCGGCACAUACAUUUUCACUCAACCCAUUGCUGUUGUUUUGGAUUUAGACUUGAUUAAGUCUAUACUAAUUAAAGAUUUCAACAAAUUUACGGAUCGCUUUGUACAACGGAAGAUUGAUAGCGUUUUCACACAUAAUAUUUUUCGUGUACAUGGCGAUCAGUGGCGUCCAAUGCGUACAAAGCUUACUCCGACCUUCACGUCGGCGAAAAUGAAGUUUAUGUUUCCCACGGUGGUGACAGUGGCUGGUCAAUUAGAUGAGGCUUUCAGCUCACAAUUGGCCAAGACGAAAAGCGGCGAUGUAGAAUUACACGAUCUGAUGGGUCGGUUUACUACCGAUGUGAUUGGGCAUUGUGCCUUCGGUGUUGAGUGUAAUAGCUUAAAGAAUCCAAAUGUUGCAUUUCGUCGCAUAGGCCACCGUAUAUUCUAUCCACGUUAUCUCUCUAUACGUUUACGUACAUUUAUGGUUACAUAUCCAGCUAUGUUCAAAUUUCUAAAAUUUUUCAAUGUUAAACAAACUCCUAAAGACAUUGAAGACUUCAUAGUGCAGCUGGUACGUGACACAGUGAGUCUGCGUGAAGAGCAGAACAUUCAGCGUAAUGAUUUCCUCAAUAUGCUGAUUGAGUUGAAAAAUUCCAAAGAUUUAAAGGGCUUGCCUGCAAUGGGUAUUGAAGAGAUGGCUGCACAGGUGUUCGUAUUUUUUGCGGCUGGUUUUGAGACUAGCUCAAGUAAUAUGACUUAUGGGUUAUUUGAGUUAGCGAAGAAUCCCCAAAUACAGGAGAAGUUGAGAGCGGAAAUUUUGAAUGUUUUGGAGAAACAUAAUGGCGAGUUGACCUAUGAAGCAAUGAUGGAGAUGACAUAUUUAGACCAAGUUAUAACAGAAACACUCCGUAAAUAUCCAGCACUCGCUGCUCUCACUCGUGUCUCCGUUGAUGAUUAUAAAAUACCUGAUACAGAUAUCACACUCGAGAAGGGCACACGCAUCCACAUACCCGCUAAAGAGAUACAUUAUGAUCCGGAAAUCUAUGAGGAUCCAAAAGAAUUCCGCCCAGAGCGCUUCAACCCGGAAGAAGGGCAAAAACGACAUCCACAAGCUUUCCUUGGUUUCGGUGAUGGACCGCGUAACUGUAUUGGGCUACGCUUCGGACGUAUGCAAGUGCGUGUUGGUUUGAUAACUUUGCUCAAAUCUUAUCGCUUCAGCCUAUCGGAGAAGACACCGACGGAAUUAGAGAUUUCCAAAUACAGUAUAGUGCUUGUACCACAGAGCAAAGUGUGGCUUAAGGCAGAAAAGCUGUGAAGAUAACACGUCUUUGUUGUUUGGAGAGUUUAGUUUGAAUAAUUAAAAAAUUGAAGAUAAUAUAUUACUAUAUAGAAAAUACAAAAAUUAAGGUUAAAUUAGAGGUGCCAUAGCCACAACCAUAGUCACAACCCUACCGAUCAAACCAACUUUACGAUGAUAAUAAUGUAUUCUCUACACUUGAUGUAAUUUUUUUGAUAGUUAUAUGAGUUUGUCAGUUUCUAUGAAUUAUCUUUGUAAUAAUCCCUUCAUAUUUACCACAUUCUAUGUAAAUAAAUGUUGUUUUUACUGUGGUUUAUAAUUUUAUAUGAUAUGUAAA